UGUUAGUAUUUACUUACGCGACAAUUACUUUUGUGGACGAAGUUAAAUUUGUAUACCUCUGGCUAGAAAUCUUAUUGGUGGAGUAGCAUCAUACCAUUUUAUUUACAAAACGAGCCUCCUAACUGCGACAGCUGCUCUUUUAUAUAAGUAGAAUCAGAUGUCGUCUAUUUAGUUGUUCGAAACUGUUCAGUGAAUGAACUCACGACGAAAUAACCUCAAAUGAUGGAUGAAAGAAAAUAAUAGUAUUGAUUAAGAUAAUAGUAUUGAUCAAUAAAAACUAUUACAGAAACUUGACAAACUUGAAAACGAGUGGAGUUCUCAGUGAAUCAAUAAUCAGUUAGCGCGAUAAGGUUUUAUUGUUCUCACAUCACCUUUGUCGUUUGUAAAACGAAACGAAUUAAGAAUGACACGAAACGUUAUAAAAUAUUAUCAAAGUGUCAAAUAUUAUCAACGAUUUAUCGUCUUAUCGAGACAGUUCACAGAUAGUGCUACGGGUAAAGGGUACAGUGGAAGCGUUAACAAAAAUAAAUUGUUAAAACGUCUGAACGGUUUAUGGAAAACGAAAAUGACUAUGCAAAGUCAUUCAAAACUUUUAAUGCAAUUAAAGGACCACUUAAGCAAAGCUGGUUAUGAUAAAAAUCUACAAGUCAUAUUUUCCAAACAUUGGCUAGAUUUCUUGGAAAGGGUGACGUAUUCGCAAAUGAAUGCUUUGAAAAAAUUAUCGGCACUCGAAUUUUCGAAGAAUGAAAAUGAUAAUAAAACAGCAGAUAUAGAAAAAUGUGAUAGUAGUCAAGUAAAAAGAGAGAAUAUAAUAGUGGAACAUAAAGGAAAAAAAAUAAUAUCUAUCGAUAGUAUUCAAUGUAAAAAGCCAGUUGUUGAAGAUAAAGCAAGCGAAACUAAAGUUCAAGCCAAAGCGGCAUCGCAAAGUAUUUCUGAUUUUUUUGGUGGACUGAUAUUUAACUCUGUACAAAGUAAAACAGCCAGAUUAGUUGUACCGCCAAAGUGGAAAAUAAAUAUUCAUGAAAAUAUUUCAAAACACGGUAUUACAUCUAGAACACGCCAUGUCUUGAAUGCUAUAGUAACAGCUGAAUCAACUGCUUCACGUUGGAGAAGGAUUGAAGAUUUAUUAGUACACAUUGAUCAAUAUCCAGAAGCCAGACAUUAUGCGAUUAAGGAAGGAGCAAUAAAAAUAUUGCUUAAAACUAGACAAAAAGUUAGAGAUGAUCAAACCAAAGCAUCUAUUAGAGAAGCUUUAGCAAUAUUGGGUUAUGUCGAACCACUUCCUGGCAAAGGUAUUAGAAUUCUUUCCAUUGAUGGCGGGGGUAUGCGUGGAGUAUUAGUUAUAGAAAUGUUAAAAAAGCUUGAGCAAUUGACAGGCAAGAAAACUCAUGAAAUGUUUGAUUACAUAUGUGGUGUGAGUACAGGAGCUAUUCUUGCUGCUGCUUUAGGUGGACAUAAACGAAAAUCAUUAUUCGAAAUAUCCGAAUUAUACAGGGAACUAAGUACUAAAGUGUUCACUCAAAGUGCAAUAAAAGGUACAAGUAAUUUGGUAUGGAGCCAUGGAUAUUAUGAUACAGCAUUAUGGGAAAAAUUACUGCAAGAAAAUUUAGGGGAAAAAAUUCUUAUAAAAACAGUUCGUGAUCCUGCUGCUCCAAAAUUUUCAGCUAUAUCUGCUAUUGUAAAUAAGGAACGUGUAAUGGCCUAUGUAUUUAGAAAUUAUACUUUGCCUCAUAGGAUUGAAAGUUUGUAUGUAGGAUCUCACAAGCACAAAUUGUGGGAAGCCAUUAGAGCAUCCGCAGCAGCGCCUAGUUAUUUUGAAGAAUUUAAAUGCGGUGGAUAUCUGCAUCAAGAUGGAGGUAUACUAGUGAAUAAUCCAUGUGCAGUUGCAUUACACGAAGCCAAACAAUUAUGGCCAAAUAGCCCAAUUCAGUGUGUGGUUUCAUUUGGAACUGGGCGAACGCCGUAUCAAAUCAAUGACACUAGCAGUAAAAUGGCAGAAAUAGCGACUUCAAGUUGGAAGGAUAAGUUUUAUAAAAUUCUAGAUAGCGCAACUGAUACAGAAGCUGUACAUACUACGUUAAACGACCUUCUACCUGAAUACGUUUACUUUCGCUUUAAUCCAUAUUUAACGGAGAUGUUGUCAAUGGUAGAAAUACGUCCUGAGAAAAUCAGUCAACUAGAACAAGAUGCAAAAAUGUAUAUACGUAGAAAUGAAGAAAAAUUUCAGAGAGCUGCUGAAGUUUUAUUAGAGAAAAGAAAAAUACAACAAAAAGUAAUGGAUUGGAUUGCGCUACAAAGAAAAAUUUCGGGUGUAUGAAUUAUCGUAUCUUACAAUUCAACAGGCAUUCCACUUAUAUACAUACAUAUAUCAUGAGAACAUGUUUGUCACAAAACUGUAACUAGGUAUGUAAUAUAAUUCUUAUUGAGUUUAAAUUCUAUUUAGUCUUUAAUGUAAUAAACAUAUUAUGUUUA